UUUUAUAAAAAUUGAAUAAAAACUUGUACUUUAGAUGGUUAUAAAACCUCAAAAGUCACUCAUUUUUUAAUAAAAUUUUGUAUAGUGUUAUAUUUUAAUAUACACUAAAUGUAUGUAAUUGGAAUUCAGUUGCAAAAUAAUAAUAGCUGAGAAAAAAAAAAAGAGUGAUAAGGUAAAAACAAUCAACAGUUAAUUAUCUCCCCUUGUUCCCAAGGAAGGAACUCUUCAUAUUAGAGAUAGAUUAAGUAUUAAAUAACAUUAGGAGGGAAACUACUUCAAACAACAAAGAUGACAGAAUGAUGACAGGACAGUUUAACCAAUGUGCAUUUGAUGAAAAUUGUAAAGGGACAGAGUUGUUUUCACUAAAAGAAUGUAACAAAGACACCAUAAGUCAUUUAAGAUUUUUCAAAUGUGGGACAGACAUGAAUAUUCCAGAAUCACUGCUUAUUCUGAAUCGUGCUGGGUUGGGUCUCAGACUUUCAAAUGUGAUUGACAAAUAUAUAUGCAACCAACACCGACAACAGUAUGGACUGCAGUGGAAGAGAACGAAAAGAACUUGCUGCCAUCCAUUGCAUGACAUUGCAAAAUCAGCUAAAGUGGCCAGAGGCAUCAAUCUCACGCAAAGCAGGGAAAUUUGGCUCAAGUUAAACUUGAACAUAGCAGUUGGUUCUGGUGUCUGUCGCAGAUGUAUUGAGUCUCACAAGAAUGAGUUACAGAUAGGAACACAUAUGAAAGAAGAACUAAGAGAAAUAUGCAGUUUUCUUGAAAAUGCAACAGACAGGAUUGAUACAGUUGAAAAUGUAACUGGUACAAUAGAGCUUGUGACUGGAAAUGGUGAAAAUGAAGAAGACAACAAUUCUGAAGCUUGUUCUGCAAUAAGUAAUACAGAAUUUGCAGCUGAUGGCAAACUUGAAGAUAUCAUGAUGGAUACUGCAAUGUCUAUGGAUUCAGAACCUGAUUUGUUUUCAUCACAGACAAUAUCACAGGCAACAGCAACAUCAAGUUGGUCCAGAGAUGAGAGGUCACAGAAAGAAAUAUUUAACUGGGCAAUGGAAGUUAUGUCUAAUGGGCAGUACCCAACUCUUAAAUCUCAAGCAUCUAUAAAAUUUGAAGAGCUACAGUAUUCUACUAAAAUGUACUAUAUAAGGCAAGCACGUUCAGCAUUUGAAAUAGUGUGUGAAAACAUUGCUCCAUCCCAAGGUUUAGAACUGAUGACACAAGUAUGCCAUAGCAUGAAAUUGAAGACCUCAGAAUCAAAGCAAAAAGAUGCAUUAACUGAGACUAUCAUAUCAGCUUACAACAAGGCAGAAGAUCACACUACCAAAGUCCAGGUUUUGUCUUUGAUUGUGGAAAAGUAUUCAAAAUCUGAACUGUUAUCCUUCAUUCAAGGAUUGACUAUAUAUAAAAUUGAUGCAGCAAGAAAAUAUGCAGCAACUCAUGGACCAGGACAAUAUGUAACUCCACCAAAGAUAACACGCAUACGCUUGCCAAAACAGAAAAUCCAUCAUUUCAUUGAAUUUAUUUCUUCCCCAUGCUACCUUCAAGUUGUUGGAUUUGGAUCAAGACAUCUAAAACUGUCAUCAGGCUUGGUUGUUAAAGUACCAAAAGUAAUAAGAACCAUGAUUGCAUCACGACUCAUCAAUGCUUAUACCAACUACUGCAAGGAGAACUCCAUCAUUCCACCAUGUAGAGCAACUCAGUUCAAGAUCAUAAAAGCUUGUGCUGCCUCACAAUUAAAAUCCCUACAUGGACUAGACAACUACAUUAGUGAUGGCAUGGAUAGUAUUGAUACUUUAAAGAAAGUGGUAUCAAAUCUUGGCACAAAUGGUAUGAUAACAAGUAAAGUAGAUGAUCUGAAUGAAAGUUUAGACACCUUAAAAUUACAUCUAAAGAAUGAAUUUCAAAAUCACCUGUCAUCAGAAAGUGAUUGCAAUGAACAUUGCAUUCACUUAGCAUUAUCAGAAAAGGGUUGUGAACAUGUGCACACAACAACAUGUCAACCUUGCAGUAGGAUGUACCAAAUUAAAGAUGAACUUCAAAACCUUAUGACCUCAAAUUUUCCAGACAUUAACUCAAAAGAAAAAGAGGAAUUUGAACAUGACAUCUCAGUAUCAACAGAAAAAAUUUGGGCAUGGAGGGAUCAUUUAAUCAGAACAGUGAAUCAAGACUCCUGCAAAAAGGACCUACUUCAAAACCUACAAUCACAUGAAGUAUUGAUUAUUGCUGAUUGGGCCAUGAAAUAUAUUCCACAAACUUUCCGAGAAACUCAGAGUGAAUGGUUUGGGAAACAAGGUAUCAGUUGGCACAUGAUCUGUGCCCUUGUCAGAAAACAACAAUCUGAAAAUGAUAGCAAUGAUGAAGAUGAUAAGAACUAUGACAUAUAUUCAAUGGUACACAUUGUAGAAGAACAAAAGCAGGGUUGGCACAUAGUAUCUCAGAUUUUCAGUAGUGCAUUUAAAAUGCUGAAGUCCAUUCAUCCACACCUAAGAGAUGUUUACAUCAGGUCUGAUAAUGCUGGGUGUUACCAUGCCUUACCAUUGCUGUCUUAUCUAUGGAAAUUUCGUAAUGAUUUGUCAUUGAAUGUAAAGCAAUACAAUUUCAGUGAAGCCCAGUCAGGCAAAGAUCUAUGUGACUCAAGGACAGGAACUUGUAGGCUUCAUAUGCUGAAUUUCAUAAAUGAAGGUAAUGACAUCACCAAUGGUAUGGAGAUGAAACAAGCUCUUGAAAGUCAUGGAGGUAUAAGAAAUACAUACAUUUCCGUGGUGACAGUAGCAUCUGAAACACAACCAGUUUUGUAUGGACAGAUAAAGAACCUACAGAUUUCAAAAUUCAAUAAUUUCAGCUUUGAAGAUGAAGGCAUGAUAGCAUACAAGGCUUAUGGUAUUGAAGGUGAACUUGUAAAAGCAACAGAUAUGACAAGAAUAUCCAACAAGUUGAUGAUAUUUGAUACUAAUUUGACAAUUGGAGAUCCAAAACAACCAGAAGAAAAACCAGCUUCCAAAAAAGCUAUUAAGCAGAAUUCUACUUUCCCAUGCUUUGAACCAGAUUGCCUUUUAGUAUUCAAGAAAGAAGACCAAUUAAUAACACACAUUUCCAUUGGUAAACAUGUAUUUGACAAUGAAAAAAUUGAUAAUAUUUCCGAUACAUGUAAAAGGCUAUGGUAUUCUAAUUGUCAGGAUAUUAGAUUUUUAAAUAAAGCUUUGAUGUCUACUGUUGGGUCAGAACAAAUGCAAGUUCAAACUAAUAACAAUUACAGUCAGGCUCCUGGUUAUGCAUUGAAAAAGAGGAAAAAGGCAGUCAGAUUUUCACCCAAAGUGAAGGAGUAUUUGAUUGUGUUAUUCAAUGUUGGGGAAGAGUCGGGGAAAAAACCUAGUCCAUAUACAGUUUCCAAACAAAUGAGAAAUGAGACAGAUUUGCAAGGAGAUAGAAUAUUCUCACCAUCUGAGUGGCUUUCCCAUCAGCAAAUUAGAAGUUUCUUUGGAAACCUGUGCAUGAAAAAACAGACAGUGGACAAAUCUAAAGAUAAAUCUGUCAAGCUUGUCAAAAUUGAAGAUAACCAAGAAGAUGACGAAGACCUUCAAAAUGUUCUUAGCAGUUUAGAGGCAAAUGAACACAAUACUAUUUUGUCUGAUAUUGUUUCUGUAUUGACUGUUUAG